AUACCCCUGGAAAGAUGGAUGCUGGUGUUGGAAUUACAGAUCUGCAGGCCGAGCUGGACUCGGUGGAUGCCGAGCUGGAGCUGGUGGAGCUUCAGAUUUCCGAGCUGCUGGACAAGCAGGCCCAGCUGACUUCCCGGAAGAGCGCGCUGCUGCUGCGGCUGGAGAAGGGCUGCAACGCUGCGGGACAGUCAUCCUCAAAGUCCCCGGGCCCUGAGCCAGCCAUGAGCAAGAAGGAGCUGCAGCGUUACGACGGCACAGAUUUUCCCUGGUCCAAGGAGGUGGAAGAGCAUCUGAAGAACUCCUUUCAUCUGUCCAAGUUCAGAGCCCUGCAGCUUAGAGCCAUCAAUCUAACCAUGGCAGGGAAGGAUGUGUUUCUGGUCAUGCCUACAGGAAGAGGGAAAAGUCUCUGCUUCCAGCUGCCUGCAGUCUGCUCCAACGGUUUCACGUUGGUUAUCACACCACUUGUGUCUCUGAUGGAGGAUCAGAUCAUGUACCUGAAGUCGAUUGACGUUUCAGCGGUCAUGCUGAAUGCCUCGAGCAGUAAGGAGCAUGCCAAGCUCGUCAUGGCUGGAAUGACAGAUCUGAACUCCCCUUUCAAGCUGCUCUAUGUAACUCCAGAGAAAAUUGCCAAAAGCAAGCUGCUGAUGUCUCGCCUGGAGAAAGCCUACAAAGCAAAGCUGCUGAGUCGUAUAGCUGUGGACGAGGUGCACUGCUGUAGCCAGUGGGGACAUGACUUCAGACCAGAUUAUAAACUCCUGGGCAUCCUGAAGAGACAGUUUCCCUCGGUGCCGCUCUUCGGCCUCACGGCCACGGCAACGUGCAGCGUCCUCAAAGACUGUGAGAAGAUCCUGUGUGUGCAGCAGCCGGUCACGAUCACCGCCUCUUUCAAUCGGACUAAUCUCUAUUAUGAGGUUCGCAUGAAAGACUCUGACGAUGCUUUAAUGAAUGACAUUACCUCUCUGAUUAAAGGGAAGUACAAGAACCAGUCGGGCAUUGUGUACGUGUUCUCCCAGAAGGAGGCUGAGACGGUAUCCUCUGAACUAAAGAAAAGAGACAUCUCAGCAUAUCCCUAUCACAGCAACAUGGACCCGGAGGACAAGUCACAGGUUCACCGCAAAUGGACCUCUAAUAAAAUCCAGGUUGUGGUAGCCACUGUGGCGUUUGGCAUGGGCAUUGAUAAACCAGAUGUCCGCUUUGUUAUCCACCACACCAUCAGCAAGUCCAUUGAGAACUACUACCAGGAGAGCGGCCGUGCAGGUCGGGAUGAUCUUCCAGCGGACUGCAUCGUCUAUUUUGGCUUUGCUGAUAUCUUCCGGAUCAGCACCAUGGUGGUCAUGGAGAAUGUUGGCCACCAGAAGCUGCUGCAGAUGGUUGCCUACUGCCACAACGUCGAUAGGUGUCGGCGCUCUCUCAUGGCCGUACACUUUGACGAGGUGUGGGACAAUGAAGGGUGUAACCAAAUGUGUGACACAUGCCGCAGUGCAAAAGACUACGCCAGCGUUGACAUAACUCAGCAUGCGAGACAAGUGGUGCUGAUUGUUGAGCAAGCGGGGUCCAUGGAUGAAAAGGUGACUCCGCUGAAGCUGGUGGAGACAUGGUUGGGGAGGGGCCCCGCCAAGCUCAGGAAGAUGAUCCAGACCACUACUGCUCUGUCUCGACGGCAGGCUGAAGCUGUCAUCGUCUCCUUGCUUCUUCAGGGAUACCUCAGAGAGGAUUACAGCUUCACUCCGUAUGCCACCUACUUCUAUAUGAAACUGGGCCGCAAAGCUCCUCUGCUGAAGAAGGACACUCACACAAUCACCAUGAACAUGUGGACAGCUGGAGACGGACCUUCUGCGGUAAAAGCUGAAACUGGCAAGGGAAAAUCCAAAGAGGGAAAGAGAUCAGUUCAAAGCUCCGGAGACUCCCGUGUGUCCAAGAAAGCCAAGAAAGAUCUUUGCUAGCCCCCUCCCCACCCAGCCCUGAAGACAAGUCAACAAAAGCACGCCAGCUGUGGAGGUCGGUGAGGAGGUGGUCUGUAUGAGCCUAGACCCCGCUGUCAUUAAGAGCAGAUGCCCCCCAAAGAAACUAACAAAGGAACAGAGGAAACAAGACCUGAAACCAG